AUGGCGUCAGAAGUAUUCGUCCAUCCUGCACUUGGUACUCUUGUGGGUAUAUCGAGGGGCGACGACAUCGUACAAUUUCGCGGUAUCCCGUACGCUGAGGUCCCUGCCCGUUUCCGCCAGAGUAUAUUGCGGCCACGACUUCCCAAAGAGCCCUUCGACGCGCGUCAGCCAGGACCUUCAUGCCCCCAGACAACAACCCUUCCCUUUCCCCAGUAUUGGACGGGACCGUUGCCCCCGGAUGGAGUGAAGCUUGAUCGGCCUAAGACAGACGAGUUCAACUGCUUGAAUCUCAACCUCACGAUACCGCGUGCGGGGAUAAUAGGUACCCAGAAGCUUCCUGUACUGGUUUACAUCCAUGGAGGCGGGUUCAUGGUGGGCUCAUGUAGCGCGCAAAUAGCUGGCAGGGAGGUAUGGGAUGCCACAGACCUUGUUCGCCGCAGCUUGACCACUGGAAAGCCCAUAAUCGUGGUCAGCAUCAACUACCGCCAUGGUCCACUGGGAUUCCUCGCAUCGAAUGAGCUGACUGAAUUCAAUCGACAGCACGGUGAAGCAGUGGGAAAUUACGGACUUCACGAUCAGAGACAAGCGCUGGAAUGGGUUUCAAGGUUUAUAACUGGGUUUGGAGGAGAUGCUGACAACGUCACGAUCGAUGGCGGCAGUGCCGGUGCUGUCUCCUGCCACUUUCAAACAUUCUUCCCACAUCGAAAGUUCAAGCGUGCAAUGCUGUUCAGUGGUACUUGUCUCGCUCUAGCGGCCAUGCGACUUGAAUGGCAUCAAAAAAUCUUCAACACGUUCGCUCAGAGAUUCCCUGGAGCCGGAAGUCCCGUGGAGCGUCUCCAGAAAGUCUCUCCCGAUGUUCUGACGCAUGAUGUCGUUGGAGUCUGGUACACUCCCCUUAUUGACGGAGAAUGGAUAGCAGGCCGAACGCUUGCAGAACUCAAGAGCAUCGAAGUCCCUCCAGAGUUUCUCAUCGGCUCCUGUUCUUUCGAACAAGACCUUACUCUAAGCAUAUUACGCCCGCCGCCAAUAUUGUCUCCUACAGACGCAGACAAAUUCAUGCGGACAACUAUAAUCUCUAUACUCUCUACCCUCGGCCUCACGACAUAUCCAGACACUCUUCUUUCACAAAAGGUGCUAGAGCUCUACAGUAUUGCGGAGAGCGAGAGUAGCCCAACCAAGCAGUUCGCGGCCUGGGCUCAAUUUGUUGCCGAGUUGGUAUUCAGAAUCCCACCGUAUCAUGUGGCCCUCAACCACACCGGUAGCAAGACAUACGUUUAUGAGUUCCAGGCAACAUCGCCAUUUCCAGGCUGGGACCUCGGGUUUGGCAAAGCAGGCCACGCGGUCAAUGAAUUAUUACAAUUCAACGCGGGGGGAGAUCUGGUCGAACAAAAGCACCAAGCGGCACUCAGCGGUGCUGUUCAGGAGUUACAAGACGUAGUGGUUAACUUUUGUCAGGGUCAACUGCGGUGGGAGCCGUUCGAUACGUACAAUAAGGAGAGAUUGGGUCCCGUUUAUACACUUACGAACUAUGGACGGGGAAGAAAAUACGGGAGCAUUGGCGAUGUUGUUGGACUCGAUGUUUUGGGGAGAUGGAAGGCCAUAUUAGAAGUAUCUGAGAGAUAA